GGGCCUCAUAUGCGGGGCGCUCUUCAGCAAACUACAGCCUGACGGGCGCCGCCGGCCGCCCCGGCAACGCCAGCAGCCCCCCUAGUAGCUCCGCUAGCGGCGCGGGCGGCGCGGCCGGCAGCCGGCCCGCGAGCAGCGAACGCGGCGGCGGAAACGUCGGCGGAAACGCCGUCCUCGUCAGCGGCGGCGGCGCGGCGGCGGGAAGCGCGGGGGGCGGCGGGGGAAGCGGGGAGUAUGCGGGGGCCAUGACGCCGUCUUUGGAUUUGACUGUGAAGGGGAUGGUGUUGGAAGAAGAGCCGAGCGCCAGCGCCAGCGCCAGCGCCAGCCGCGGGCCGAGCGGCGCGAGCGGGGACGCGGCAGCGUUUCAUGAUGACGCGCCUGGUCACCCCCAGCAGCAGCAGCAGCAGCAGCAGCAGCAGCAGCAGCAGCAGCAGCAGCUGCGACAGCAGCAGCAGUACCCGGGCCGCCGCUCGUCAGACGAGCGCGGCCGGCCGCCGGCGGGCCCCGGGCGGCGGUCCUCGGACGAUCAGCGCCGGGCGCAGCCACCGGCUGCGCCCGCGCGCGGCAGCGACUCGGGCAGCGGGGCCGUGCAGCAGCAGCAGCAGCGCCAGGACGGCGGCGGCAGCCUCGACUCGAGCCGCGGCGGCGGCGGCGGCGGCGGCGGCGGCAGCAGCGCGGGCGCGCGCAGCGCGCGCAGCAGCUUUGUGUUGGAGUCUGCGCCCGCGCAGCCGUCGGCCUCCCUUGAAGGCAGCGCCCCGGAGGAC